UAAAGAACAUGUAUGGUCAUAGACAGUUUUGGGUCCCCGCUUAUUUUAGAGAUCUACCGAUGGGUUGUUUGUUGAAGACAACUUCUAUAUCUGAAUCAGAGAAUAGUUUCUUCAAACGUUUUUCCAGGCCUCACUUUAAUCUGGUGGAAUUUAUGUUGCAGUAUGGUAAUGCGUUGGAUGCACAAUGUAACCAAACAACCAGGCUUGACUAUAUUGAUUCUACGAAUGUUCCAAGUCCUCUCACAGAGUUACCAUUUGAGAUGCAUGCUGCCACGAUCUACACGGAUAGUAUUUUUAAAAAGAUACAGGUAGAAAUUGUUGAAGCAUCUAAAAAUUGCAUGAUGAUCUACAUGUCUGUUGAAACAAACAUUCGCGUUUAUAAAGUAACUGACCGGGGCCAUAGGACUUGGACUGUUACGAACAACGCUGAGUAUGAUUUGUACGAGUGUCAAUGCAAGCUGUAUCAGAGGUAUGGGAUUCUGUGUCGUCACAUAUUUUUUGUUUUCAAGAAUAAUGAUGUGCAAUUGAUACCUGAAAUUUAUAUUGGAAAGAGGUGGCUGAAGAAACCUCUUUUAAUAUCUGUGCAUGGUUCUUCUACCUCAACUUUUCAGGAUCAGACAGAUUUCUUUUACGAUGACAAGCAUAAUGCCAUCAACAAACUGCACACAACAUAUUACAGAUUAGUACAGAGAGUUGAGGGCAGCAUUGCUGAUAUUAAUGUAGUUAUAGCAACGAUUGAGGAUGUUGAAAAUCAGCUUUUUGGUGAUGGUUCUUAUGUGAUGUCCGUGUUGGAGAAAAAGAAGAGCUUUGAGGAAUUGUAUGGUGUUGUGAGGCCUGAUGUUAUACAUGCUCAUCCACCAAAUGUGGUAAAGUGUAAAGGAUCUGGAUCCAGGUUGCCUUCUAAGAUGGAGGCGGCGAAGAAGGCAGCAGCUAAACCUCCUAGGCGAUGUGGGAAAUGCCAUAAAAUGGUUAGUCAUGAUUCAAGGAACUGUGGCAAAGAGAAGAGUAAAAAAUAGAAAUAAAUUAGUUGUUCCUAUUACUGUGGCUUCGAUUUAUUAGCAUUCUUGAUUCCGUGUUUGUAUGGAAGAAUAAUAAUCUCAAACAUAUGUUCUGAAUGUUAUCUCAUUUUAUUUUCCAUA